AUGACGCAGCACCGAAUGAUUCUAUUUUUCUGUGUAUUUGUUAAUUGUGCAUUAGCAUUUUGUCCAACAUUUCUGAAAAAUCAAACAACUUGUUCUUGUUUUGCCUAUAUUGAUGGUGUCGUAAUUCGAUGUAGCGGCCAAAAUGGACCAGCUAUAGUGGAACAGCUCAAAAAAACGCCAAUUGAAAUACGCGAAUUAGCACUUGAAAAUGCAAACAUUGUCGAGAUCGGACGAAAUGCGUUCAGGAAUUUGCGGAUCAAGAAAUUGAUUCUCGACAAUAAUCGUAUCCGUGCGCUGCACCCGCAAGCAUUUCGUGGCCUAGAAUCUGUCAUGCUUGAGCUUUCAAUUUCCAAAAAUAAGCUUACUGCCAUUCCAACUGAUUCGCUUGUCGGAAUGCGUGCUCUACGCGUACUCAGCCUACGCUGCAACAAUAUUGGGGAUAUCAAGGCUCGUGUUUUCCAGAAUAUGUCCAGCAUGAUCGAUUUAAAUCUUGAAUGUAAUCAGAUUUGUAACAUCGAAGGAUCGGUAUUCGAUGACGUAAAGGACACUUUGCAAAAUCUAAUCUUAGAUAACAAUUGCUUAUCAGCCAUACCUUCUGAAGCUCUUCGAGGACUGGACAAUCUUAUCGGUCUACAUAUGAAAUAUAAUGAGAUUAAACUAUUGGAGAGCAUGCAGUUAACUAACCUAAGCAGUCUAACAAUCCUUUCACUCACCGGAAAUAAAAUUUCUACGAUUGAAAGUGAUUUCAUGCCCCGAGCUGAAAAUCUUCGCUAUCUUUAUCUGGGUAAUAAUAAUUUAGAAACCAUGGAUGCAGGAGUACUGCAUCAAUUCAAACAAAUCCAGGUUAUCGAUAUGAGUUAUAACUAUUUCACUACGAUAACGGGCGACAUGUUCUCUGGUCUGGAACAUCUACAACAUCUCAAUCUUGAAGGCAAUCAAAUAAAGGAUAUAGCACCCGGAGCAUUUGCAACGACACCGUUACUUCUACUGUGGUUACGAAACAACUGUUUGAGAUCCAUAUCACCAAACCUGUUUCAAGGUACACCUUUUCUACGACAGGUAUCUCUUGGUAACAACAACAUCAGGACAAUAGAGCCCUUAAGCUUCGCACACCUAGCUAAUUUGCAUACUCUGGACUUGUCACACAAUAAAAUAUACACUAUCGAACCAAGUGCCAUUAUUGGCUCCGACUACCUGAUGGUUCGGUUACAAGAAAACCCGAUGGUUUGUCUACAAGAUGGCUUUCACGUAAUGAAUGGAAAAGAGGCAAUAAACCUUACAACAGAGCCCAAUUUAAUCUGUCAAACAAAUUACACGAACAAUUUGGAGGAUGUAUGCCCCAAAAACAGCGAUCCACCACAACCGCCACUGUGCUGCUUAAAGUCUACGUCAAAAGCUGAUAAAACAAUUUCAAUGCUACGUUUGGAAACAGGAGCAAUUACAAUAUCAACAAUUGCACCAACUCAUGAAAUCUUAAAUAUUCACCCAAAUAAUGUUCACAGAAAGAAAUUCAACAUUGAGAGGUUUAUGCGUCUUUCACGACGACCUCCGGGAUAUCGAACAUCACCUUUUUUACGAUAUCGUUUACCAGCACGGUCGAAACCCACAGAUAUUGCUAUACUUGAUAAAAGCCCCAAGAGCGAAACAACCCAAGCUAAACAAUCUUCGCGACUAGACAAACAUCUGGAGAAAAUUCGGGCUCAGUUACCACCUUAUGUGCGCAUCGAAUCGAAAGAUAAAGAGGAAUUCGUGGAAUUUGUGUCAGACAGUCAUGUGGAUUCAGUGCAAACACAGGAUCAUAAACAACAGUAA